AAUCAAUAGCUCCAAUCACCUUCUCUCUCCUCUCAUUUUUUUUCAAACCAAUAAAGCAAGCACUCAACUCCACACUCCCUCACUCACUCCCUCACUCUUUUUUCUCAUAACCUAGAAAAAAAUGGCUUUUUCAAAAUCACUUCUAUCCUUCACCUUCACCUUAUCACUUUUCAUAACAACUAGUAUCUCUCUUUUUCCAUCUCCAACUUCCUCUCGCAUCACUCCUUCACACACUUCUCUUCUUGAUGUCUCUUCCUCAAUCCACCAAACCAAACAAGUCCUUAACUUCAACCCUAAUCAAAAUCUUCUAGAAUCUUCUUAUGAAAAAACCACCCAACACAAACCCAUUUCAAAUUCUUCACAUUCCUUCUCCAUUCUCAUCCACCCAAGAGAAACCCUCUUGAAUGAACAUCACAAAGACUAUAAAAAACUAGUCUUGGCACGACUCGCUCGUGACUCAGCCCGAGUCAACUCACUCUCAACAAAACUCAAACUUUCCCUCAACAACAUCAAAAAAUCGGAUCUUCGCCCGACCCAAGUAGAGCUCCAACAAGAAGAUCUCUCCACUCCAGUCUCCUCCGGCACCGGUCAAGGCUCCGGCGAGUAUUUCACCCGACUCGAAGUGGGUCAACCCGCUAAACCCUACUACAUGGUUCUCGACACAGGAAGCGACGUAAACUGGAUCCAAUGCAAACCCUGCUCCGAAUGCUACCAACAAACCGACCCGAUUUACGACCCGACAUCAUCCUCAACCUACGAAUCAUUAACCUGCGAAGCACAACAGUGUCAAAAGCUAGAAGUUUCCGCUUGUCGUAACGGUAAAUGUCUCUACCAAGUUAACUACGGUGACGGUUCUUUCACCGUCGGCGAAUACAUGACCGAAACGGUGUCGUUUGGUUCAUCCGGGUCGAUUAACCGGGUCGCAAUCGGAUGCGGGCAUGAUAACGAAGGUUUAUUCGUCGGUGCAGCUGGUUUACUCGGACUCGGUGGUGGUGCCCUCUCGUUAACUUCACAGAUCAAAGCGUCGUCGUUUUCGUAUUGUUUAGUAGAUCGUAACUCAGAUAAAUCGUCCACACUCGAGUUCAACUCACUAAAACCUGCUGACUCAGUAACAGCACCGUUGCUAAGAAACCAGAAACUCGACACUUUCUACUACGUUCAGCUCACCGGAAUGAGUGUCGGAGGUCAGAUGGUAUCCGUCCCGCCGGAGAUUUUCUCAGUGGACCAAACCGGUAGCGGAGGAAUUAUUGUCGACUCAGGAACCGCCAUAACUCGGUUGCAGACUCAAGCCUAUAACUCAGUUCGCGACGAGUUUAGAAAACUGACUCAGAAUCUCCGUUUAACCGACGGUAUAGCUCUUUUCGAUACUUGUUAUGAUUUAUCGAAUUUGCAAAGCGUGCGUGUUCCAACGGUGUCGUUUCAUUUCGGCGGUGACAAAGUUUGGGAUUUACCGGCGAAGAAUUACCUGAUUCCGGUGGACUCGUCGGGAACUUUCUGUUUUGCGUUUGCUCCGACGACGUCGGCGUUGUCAAUUAUUGGGAAUGUUCAACAACAAGGGACACGUGUCAGCUUUGAUUUAGCAAAUAAUUUAAUGGGAUUUUCACCUAAUAAGUGUUAAUUUGGUUAGUUAAUCCCAAAAUCUUUGAUUAUAAUAAUCAUAUUAUCAUUAUAGUUAAUUGUAAUGUUGCUUUUGUUAAACUCAACAAAAUACAAUUGUGCAAUUAA